AUGGAGCCAGCGAUGCUGGCUCCACACAACCUCCCACACCACGAGCCAAUCAGCUUCGGCAUCGAUCAGAUCCUGAGCGGCCCUGAACCCCCCGGGGGCGGCCUAGGCCCGGGUCGUGUUGGCCAGGGUCAUGGGGAGAGUGCGGCGUUCUCGGGUGGAUUCCACGGAGCCUCAGGCUACGGUCCCGCUGGCUCACUGGCUCCGCUACCCGGCAGCUCUGGAGUGGGCCCGGGCGGUGUGAUCCGCGUCCCUGCUCAUCGCCCGCUGCCCGUGCCACCGCCCACGGGAGGUGCGCCUGCAGUGCCUGGGCCCUCGGGUUUGGGCGGCGCCGGGGGCCUAGCAGGACUCACCUUCCCCUGGAUGGACAGCGGCCGCCGCUUUGCCAAGGACCGGCUCACGGCUGCGCUCUCGCCCUUCUCCGGGACGCGCCGCAUAGGCCACCCUUACCAAAACCGAACGCCCCCGAAGCGGAAGAAGCCGCGCACGUCCUUCUCCCGCUCGCAGGUGCUGGAGCUCGAGCGGCGCUUCUUGCGCCAGAAGUACCUGGCCUCGGCAGAGAGGGCAGCGCUGGCCAAGGCCUUGCGAAUGACCGACGCACAGGUCAAGACGUGGUUCCAGAACCGACGCACCAAGUGGCGGCGCCAGACGGCGGAGGAGCGCGAGGCGGAGCGGCACCGCGCGGGCCGGCUGCUCCUGCACCUGCAGCAGGACGCGCUACCUCGGCCCCUCCGGCCGCCGCUGCCCCCGGACCCGCUCUGCCUGCACAACUCGUCCCUUUUCGCGCUGCAGAACCUGCAGCCCUGGGCCGAAGACAACAAGGUGGCUUCCGUGUCCGGGCUCGCCUCGGUGGUGUGAGCGACGCCUGCCUAAUCGGC